AUGGCCGAUGCCGGUGCUGAAGAACCCGGCCACGUCGCCGAGCCCCUCGACCUCGUCCGGUUGCUGCUCAACGAGGUGGUUUUUGUCAAGCUCCGGGGCGACAGGGAGCUCAAGGGCAAGCUUCACGCAUACGACAGCCAUUGCAACCUGGUGCUCGGCGAGGUGGAGGAGACCAUCUACGCCGUGGAAGAUGAUGACGAGGACGAGGAUGUCAAGACGAUAAGCCGAAAAUCAGAGAUGCUGUUUGUAAGAGGAGAUAGUGUCGUCCUCAUCUCCCCGCAGGUGCCGUUCUGA